AUGAGUAUCUUAAGCUGGAACUGCCGGGGGCUUGGGAACCUCCGGACAGUUAAAGCCUUGGAAAGGGUGGUGACCAAGGAAGAGCCCAAGGUUGUGUUUUUGAUGGAGACAAAGUCGAAACGGGAAUGGUUAGAGAAAGUGAAGGAUCGUUGUAAGAUGAAACAUGGUUUAACUGUGUCUAGUGAUGGAAGUAAGGGUGGGUUAGCUCUGUUGUGGAAGGAAGGAAUUACUGUGAAGAUUAACACAUAUGCUCAGGAUCACAUUGAUGCUUGGAUUGAAGGAGGAUGGGAUGGUGUUAGCUGGCAUUUCACCGGUUUUUAUGGUAAUCCUGAUACAGCGCAGCGCCCGGAGUCAUGGGCCAAGUUAAAAUCCCUUAAGGGAACGACUUCGGUGCCUUGGCUCGCCAUUGGAGAUUUCAAUGAAAUAACGGGACUCACGGAGAAAGAAGGUGGCCGUGUACGUCCAAGGAGGCAGAUGGAGAAUUUUGUUGAUGCUAUAAACUACUGUGGUUUUAGGGAGGUGGACUUCAUUGGACCGAAAUACACUUGGUGGUAUCAUCGAGCGGAUGGGAUGCAUAUUCGGGAACGACUUGAUAGAGCGUUGGCUAAUAAGGAAUGGAUGGACUUGUUUCCUGCUGCAAAAUUAUACCAUCUCUCUUCCUCGGCAUCUGACCACUCACCACUCUCACUUCAUCUGGUGCCAAAAAGGAAGAAAAAGAAAAUAAGAAAGAGUUUUAGAUUUGAGUCUAUGUGGUUGAAGGAUAGUAGGUGUGAGGAGAUUGUUAAAGCGGCAUGGGAGAUAGGGGAACAUUCCGGUGCAGAGGGUAUACUGAAGAGUUGUUUGGAGCAUUGCAGACAUGACUUAGAGAAAUGGAAUAAGGAGGAGUUUGGACACGUGGGAAGGAAAAUUUCUGAGCUUCAACAAAAAUUGGAGUGGUUGGAACUACAGCCAUCUAGUUCGGGUAUACUGGGCGAGCUAAGGACCACGAGAGUAAACCUUAACAAAUGGCUAGAGAAAGAAGAUGAAAUGUGGAGGCAGAGAUCAAGAUUGAACUGGUUUCAAGGAGGCGACAGGAAUACUAGUUUUUUUCAUGCGAAAGCUUCGGCUAGACACCAGAAAAAUUAUAUUGAUGGAAUAGUUGAUGAGCAGGGAAGGUGGCAGGAGGAUGAGUUGAAGAUUGAGGAAGUUGCUGUGGCCUAUUUUGAGAAGCUUUUUACUUCAAGCAAGCCAGAAGAGUUCUCCGACAUAUUACAUGCUGUCCAACCGAAAGUCACAACUGAUAUGAACGUUGAACUGACCCGAGAGUACACGGCACAGGAAGUGAGAUUGGCCUUGAAGCAGAUGUACCCACUGAAAGCCCCUGGACCUGAUGGUAUGCCCCCCCUUUUUUUUCAACAUUUUUGGAAUACUUGUGGUGAAGUUGUAACAAGCACAGUGUUAGAUUUCCUCAAUCAUGGUAUGUCUCCUCCAAAUUUUAAUGAGACUCAUAUUGUGCUUAUUCCAAAAAUAAAUGAACCGAAACAUGUUUCAGAUUAUAGGCCGAUUAGUCUAUGCAAUGUAACCUAUAAGAUAGCUUCUAAAGCAAUAGCAAACAGGCUGAAAAAAUUCCUCCCAUCCAUUAUUAGUGAUACCCAAAGUGCCUUUGUGCAUGGAAGGUUAAUCACGGAUAAUGUUCUGGUAGCUUUUGAGACUAUGCAUCAUAUUAGUAGGAAAAAAGGGGGUAAAGUGGGUGAGAUGGCCAUUAAACUUGAUAUGAGUAAGGCUUAUGAUAGGGUAGAGUGGGUUUUUGUGGAGAAAAUUAUGGAGAAAUUGGGUUUUGAUAUUAAUUUGAGGAGUUUGAUCAUGCAAUGUAUUACCACAGUAUCCUAUGCUAUCAAGAUCAAUGGUCGCCCUAGAGGUCGCAUCAUUCCUUCAAGGGGUAUCCGACAAGGAGACCCCCUAUCACCUUACUUAUUUCUAUUGUGUGCAGAAGGGUUAUCUGCUUUGAUUAAAGCUUCAGUGGGUAAUGGCAGCAUGGAGGGGAUUGCUAUAUGUCGUGGGGGUCCUCAGCUAUCCCAUUUAUUUUUUGCUGAUGAUAGCCUCAUCUUCUGCAAAGCAACUAUUGCAGAAUGUGACGCCUUGCAAAGAGUGUUGGGGGUUUAUGAGCAAGCUUCGGGUCAGCAGCUGAAUAGAGCGAAAACUUCCCUAUUUUUCAGCAGUAAUACUCCGAAGGAGAUACAGGAAGAGAUCAAAGGAAGAUUUGGUGCCCAAGUAAUCAAGCAGCAUGAAAAAUAUCUUGGCUUGCCGUCUCUUGUGGGCAAAAACAAGCGCAGCACUUUUAAUGAUAUAAAGGAAAAGCUGGGUAAGAAGUUGUCUGGUUGGAAAGAGAAGUUAUUAUCCAAAGCCGGAAAAGAAAUAUUGAUUAAAGCAGUGGCGCUAGCUGUACCAACUUACACAAUGAGCUGUUUUAAAUUGCCAGAUAAUCUUUGUGAUGAGUUAACAGCUAUGAUAAGGAAGUUUUGGUGGGGCCAAGUGAAGAACGAAAAUAGAAUCCCUUGGUUGAGCUGGGACAAAAUGUGUGAAUCAAAGUCAAAUGGAGGUAUGGGUUUUAAGAACCUUAAACUUUUUAAUCUGGCUUUGUUGGCGAAACAAGGGUGGAGACUCCAAGUAGGCCAAGACUCUCUAGUUUAUAGAGUGUUGAAGGCGAAAUAUUUCCCAAGAUGCGAGUUUAUCCAUGCAUCACUUGGCAAUAACCCAUCAUACUCGUGGCGAAGUAUUAUGGCAGCCCAAUCACUAGUCAAAGAAGGCUUGAAGUGGCGGGUUGGGAAUGGAGCAAGCAUUCGCGUGUGGGAGGACAAGUGGCUGCCUACUCCUCCAUCUCACAAAGUUAUUACCCCAAGGCUUUUCCUACAUUCGGAUACCAGGGUGGCAGAUUUGCUAGACAGUGAAAAAGGGGAGUGGCGGACUGAGGUGAUUGAUACGGUGUUUUUACCGCAUGAGGCUGACAGUAUCAAAAGCAUUCCCAUUAGUGCCCGGCUACCACCGGAUAAACUUAUUUGGUCCGAAACACCGAAUGGUUUAUUUACGGUGAGGAGUGCGUACAAGUUGGCUGUGAACCUGCUCUCAAUGCCUAAUAAAGGGGCCCCGUCGGAUGCUAGCAAAAUGAGGAGUUUCUGGAGAAGGGUUUGGAGUAUCCCGGUACCUCACAAAAUUCGCCAUUUUAUGUGGCGUGCAUGUCGUAAUGCCUUGCCAACAAAGGACAAUCUGCUGCGCCGGAAAAUAGUCCAGGAUGAUGUGUGUGAAGACUGCAAAGAGACGCCGGAGUCGGUGUUCCAUGUCCUGUGGGAGUGUCGGAAAGCUAGAGAGGCAAGGGAGUGUUCUAAGAUGGUGUUUCCAGACCUGGGUGGUUCAUCCCUGUCCUUCGUCGACGUUAUGUGGAAGCUGAUAAUGCAGGAGGAUGUGGGGGAGGAGCACGUGGCUCAGGCUGCCACGACGGCAUGGGCAAUAUGGCACAACCGGAAUGAGGUCAGGUGUGGCGGCGUACGUAAGACGGGGAGACAGUUAUUCAGUUGGGCAACAGAAUAUCUUCGGGAGUACAGAGCGGCGAAUCAGCUUGACCGACCAGUGGUUCCGACGCCUCAGCGGAAUGUCAGGUGGACUCCUCCACGGGAUGGUCUCUUCAAGAUCAAUGUUGACGGAGCGAUUUUCAUAAAACAGAGAGCUGUGGGCGUUGGGGUAGUAAUCCGUGACAGUGAGGGUAGGCUUGAAGCAGCUCUAAGUAGGAAGAUCCAAAUGCCGUUGGGAGCAGCAGAGGUUGAAGCCAAAGCAGUCGAGGUGGGCCUGCUCUUUGCAAAGGACGUCGGUGUAAGGGAUAUUGUACUGGAAGGUGAUUCAACAGUGGUUUAUAAUGCUUUAUGUAACUGUUCCCGGGCCCCAUCCACAAUAGCUGCUGUGAUUAAUGGGAUUCAAGACAUAGGCAAAGAAUUUAGAAGUAUUGAGUACUCUCACGUGCGGAGACAAGGGAACAUGCCGGCCCAUAUUUUAGCAAAGAAUGCUUCUAGCAUAAAUGAUUAUGUUGCUUGGAUUGAAGAGGAACCUUGCUGUAUUAUGCAAGCUCUUAUCCAUGAUGUAACCUCUUUUUCGUAG